AUGGGUUUAUUUUCAAGAAAGAAAAGCUCAGAAAAUACUUCACUACUACCACCAAUGUUUGAUAAGAUUCAUAAAAGAUCAGAUACUUCAAAUUCAUCAUCAAUUGAAAGUGAUUUUCUGGUUAAUCAUUCCGAAUCUUCUCAAACAUCAUCUGAAACAUUAGGUUAUUUUCAACAUAAUAAGUCUCCACUUAAAGUUAAGAAUGUUCCAAUGGCAUUAAGACCAAAAUCAGCAAUUGUGGAAUCAGUGACUCCUAAAUCACAAGCUCAUGUUGAUUCAGAAAUGAUAAAUGAUGAUACUCCAAAAUUGGAAAAUAAUAAUAAUGAAUUACCAAUUUUAACAACACAUGAAAUUGAAGCCAGUCCAAAACCUGCUACUCUGAAUUCUCCAGCAAAAUUAAAUUCAGAGCUUCAGAUUAGAAAUGACCGUAGGAAUGAAGCAAAGAGAACAAUUACGCCAAUUACAAAUCAACAAGUUAUGAGAUCUCCGCAAGAAACACCUACAAAACCAAUAAGCCAAAAUUAUAAUAAAGCAGCAAGUAGACCAAUUAGUCAAAAUUUUGAACAUCCAAUCCGAACACCGAAUCAUACUCCAGUUAUUAAUCAACCAUAUCAAAGAUCACUGAGUUUUAAUUUAAAUACACCAGAUAGAUCAAUUGCACAACAACAUCCAUAUCACCGUCCAAUUGUUGAUUCAACGGUAUCUACUAAUUCAAGUCCAAAUAAUCAUAAUGUUCAAUCAUUUUCACAAAACUAUCAACCCAUAAAUCGACAGGAACAAAUUGUGGAUCUCAACGGAAAAGAAAUAAUUGAAAAGGAGGAUGAAGAAAAAGAAGAGGAAGAUGAGGAAGAUGAUGAUUCUGACUCCGAUGGUGAAUCUUAUGGUUCAGAAUAUACUGAUUCAACUGUAUCAAACCAUAAACCUACUGAACAUCCAUAUUAUGAACAAUGGAGGAAAUAUUAUGAAGCAUUAGCAGUGCAAUAUAAUCGACAAUCAAUGUAUAAUCCAAUGAUGUAUUAUCAAAUGAAUCCACAAAUGAUGCAACAAAUGAAUCCGCAAUUAAUGCAAAUGCAAAUGAUGCAAAUGCAAAUGAAUCCAUUCUUGUUUAAUCCAUAUAUGAUGAAACAACAACAAUUUCCACCACAACAACUGCAACUGCAAGUUGAUUUAUCUAGUCCACCAUCAAGUCGUGAAGCACAAACUCCAUCACGUAAAUCAUCACCAAAACAUGAAGUUUCAAAUGAUUAUCUUAAAGCAUACAAAAAAUCAAGAAACAAAGAAGUUGAAACAAUAAAUGAAGAAAAUCAAUUAGUUUCAAAUUCGAGAAGAAGUACAAUUAAAUCAAAUAGAUUUCCAUCGGCACCUCAAUCACAACAUAAAAUGUUUGAUUCACUAACUAAAAGUAGAACAAAUUCAUUAGAUUUAAAUUUUAAACUUGGAAUAUAUAAUAAUUACGACGAUGAAGAAGAAGAAGAUGAAGAAGUGGAUCCAGAUUCAACUAUUCAACAAAUGUCAAAUUUGAAGAUUAGUGAUGAGAGUAGAAAAUCAUCAAGACAAAUUUCAGAUUAUAAUGCAUUUUUAUUCGAUGAUGAUAGAAGUGAAAGUGAAGAAGAAAAUGAAGCUGAUGAUACAGUAAUUGUUGAAAAGCCAAAGGAAGAAGUGAAAGCAGAUUUAUCUAGAAAAGACACUUCAUCAUCUGAUGCAUCUGGUAAUUCUAUUCAAAGUAAUGGAUCAGCUAAAUUUUCAGUAGCUCCAAUUAAAUCAAAACCAGAAUCUCCAAAAGCAAAGCAACAAAAGAAGAAAGAAACUAAAAAGCUUAAAAAAGAAAGACCAAUAUCAAUGGCAUCUUCACCUUUUGGAUUUAAUAAUAUGUCAAUGGAUGAUAUUCAACCACAACAUAUUCAACCACCUCCAUUCAUGAUUCAGCCACAACAAAAUUUCUCCCCUGUAUCACCUUAUGGAAUGAUGGAUCCAAUGAUGAUGCAAUAUAAUCCAAUGUUUAUGCAAAAUACAUCAUAUGGAGGAAUGAAUGGAUCUGAACCAAAUUUACACAAUAGAAGAAGACAAAGUAUUACAACAACAGAUGCAAAAAGAAGAUCAAUGAUGUAUGAAACAAAUCAAUAUAAUUCAAGAACAAGUUUGAAUCCAAAUAUGAAAAGAAAUAGUAUGCCUGUAUUUCCUGAAAAACAUCAAAAUAAUUCACCACCACCAACUGGACAACCAAAGAUAAAUGAUUCAUUGAUAAAUAAAAAGAUUGAAGAUUUCAUUAGGUUACGUGCUGUUAUUGCAUCUGGUAACAAAUCAAUUGAAUAUAGGUUGCAUUGGGUUAAUAUGUUAAUUACAGCUACUAAUUAUAAAUUAUAUUCAUAUAUCAACAUUAAAGGUGAGUUUAUAAAUUCAACACAAUCAGCACAAGUCAAAUCACAAUUUAUAAAAUCAGCAAUCACUCAUAUUAAUAAAUUGAUUAAAGAAUUUGAAUCUGGUAAACAAGAAAGACCUGGUUUAAUCUCAGAUACAUAUUAUACAUGGGCGUUAUUAUUAAAACAAGAUUAUAAAAAACAUUAUGGACAAGAUUUUAGCAUACGAAAGGACUUAGACUUAUGCAUUGAAUACAUGGAAAGAGUCUUAUCUAUUGAACCUAAGAAUUAUAAAGCAUUGUUUAAAUUAGGUGAAAUUUAUGAAUCUGAAUUUAAUGAUCUCGAUAAAGCAAUGGACAAUUAUAUAACAUCAGCUAAAUAUGGGUACAAUAAGGCUAUUUUUAAAAUCUCCAUGGUCUAUUUAAACAAUCCAAAUUUCAGAUCAAUUAAAUAUUUAAAAUAUUUGAAAAAUUUAUCCAGUAUUGAAUUAAGUUCUGUUAGAUUAGAUGAUGAAGAUUAUCAAGAAAUGAAAGAAGUAGUAGCCGAAGCAUGUUAUGAAAUAGGUAAAGUUUAUGAAGGUAUAUAUCCAGGAGAUUUACAAGCAGAAGAUGAAUUUAUAAUCCAAUCAUUAGAAGAAGCACCUGUAAAUUAUGCAAAAAGUUUAACAUAUUAUAAUAAAGCUGCUAAAUUAAAUAAUUUAAAUGCUCAAGUUAGAUUAGGUUUAGUUUAUGAACAUGGUGAAUUAAAUCGUAAACAAAAUGCAAAUAAAUCAAUUCAGUGGUUUAUUAAAGCCAGUUCAUCGCCAUUAAUAUUCAAUAGACAUCCAGAUGCAAUGUUGGGUUUAUCUAGAUGGUGCUUAAAAGGAAGUAAUGACGAAAAUAAGCAUAUACCAUCACCAAUGCCCGAUAAAGCUAUAAUGUGGUGUGAAAGAGCAAUUAAAGAAUAUAAUUCAAAAGAUGCAAUGGUAAUGAUGGGUGAAUUAAUUGAAAUGGGUUAUGGACAAGGUAACUCAACUGUAUGGUAUAGAGAAGCUUAUGAAUUAGGUAGUGAAACAGCUGCUCAAAAGUUGGGCUACUAA